GAAGCGUGGGCCUGCUGCGGCUAGUGAGUAACUCUGCCAGGCGCCCCUGCAGCUCCCCCAGCUGACAGCCGCCUACGCUUCACAAUCGAGCCAGUUUAUCAGGAGAGGGGGAACAGGCACUUUGAAGCUUGUUGCCAUCUCGGUUGCCGUGGCAGCAGCAGUCCUGUGUUUCCUGACAUGGGGAGCGGUGGUGAGUACAGCAGCUGAGCUGAAUGAAGAGACGCCCAGGCGAAUCAAUCGGUUGGGGUCCCCGAGAGCCUGUGGGGAGACUCGUGGAUGGGCCUCUGGCACUCCACACCACAGCUGGAUUGCACCUCCUCUGUGUGCCAUAGAUCUGGAUCUGUGAGAUUCCCCUUGGAGGCUCCAGAGAAAGUGCAGUAUGUAAAGCAAACAUCAGUACCUGAGACUAAGCUCCACUGAUGACCCUUCAAGGGAGGGCACCCCCACUCCCUCAUACCACCGGGCCAUAAAUGUCCCACCAGAAGCAGAGCAGCUUUCCUGGCCUGCCGUCCCAGUACAGCAGUGAUGGAUGCUUCCAGCACGGCACCGACAUGGGGGCCUCAGGCUGGGCUGGCCAGGAUUCUGAGAGCUAUAGAAGAAGCCCAUGGGCAUCUCGACCCUGUUCCAUGUCGGAGCUGGAGAGGAGCUACACAAACACCUACCCCUUGUCAGGGGUCCCCUUCAGAGGAGAGAACCCUCUGAACGGGACGCCAGGACCCUGGGAGCCCGACCACUCAAACAGCACAUGGAGAGAGUCCAGCAGGGGCUUUUUUAGCCCCAAGCACAUCGAAAGAGCCAGGUCCUUGAGCCCCUUGCGAGGGAUCCACUCCAUAGAUAGUGGGAUAGUUUUAACCAAUGGCAUGGAAUGUGCCUGGAAACAUUCCAGCCCACCACUCGGAAGGAGGCAUUCUUUAUCUCGUCUCCCGGACUGGGACACAGAAGAAUAUGGUCCCAUGCAGCCAUUGGCUCGAAGGGUGUGGAGUGGAUUGGAGCUGGACCUGCAGGCAUCUUUACCAGAGAAUGUGCAGAGGACAGCAGGGCUGAGGCCCUCUCUGUGGGAUGCUCCGGGGGUGCUAGAGGGACAAGCAGAAGAGCUGCAGAAGCUGGAACUCAACAGGGUGAAGUUUGAGCUGUUUUCCAUUAAGCAGAAGCAGAUGGAGAGCUCCGUCACCCAGCUAGAGAAGGAAAAGAGCUGGUUGGACCUGUCCCGCUAUGAAGACCAGAAACAGAGAGGGGACCUGCAAGAGAAGAUCCUUAAUUUGGAGAUGGAGGCUCAGGACAAUGGAGAUUUGGGCCCCUGCAAGCCACUGAAUCCAGGCUGA